AUGUCGAGCGUAAUGACGAUUCGUCCGGCCGUCCUGCAGCCUUCCUCCCCGGAAGAUGAUAGCAACUUCCGAAGGAGUCUCCAGAUCAACAUGAAAGGGCUUGUUGGCGAUGCUGUAGGCAACAUGAGCAUCAGUCCCAGCAGUCGGGACGUGGUUCUUGCGACGCGGAACGGUCUUUUCAUAAUCGACUUGGAAGCGCCUCUAAAUGUUCCACGCUUUCUGCCCCAAGGCGGGACCUGGGAUGUUGCCGAUGUACAAUGGAAUCCACACCUCGCUCGCAGCGAGUAUAUUGUGUCCACUUCCAGCGAGAAGCUCCUGAUAUGGAACCUGUACAUGUCUGGAAAGACGUCCAUUGAGCACGUACUGCGAUCACAUUAUCGUGCCAUCACCGAUAUCAACUGGCACAACACGGAGCCAGAUGUUGUGGUGAGCACAGGUAUAGAUUCUUGGCUGUGGGCCUGGGACCUCCGUGCAGCACAGAAGCCAGUGAUGGGUCUAUGCGCUUUUGGCUCUGGUGGCACGCAGGUGAAAUGGAACCGUCGAGAUGGAAAUCUUCUGGCUUCCUCUCAUCAAAACGAAGUUCUGCUUUGGGAUCGCCGAAAGGGCUCUCUUCCUGUUUCUCGAAUCAGAGCGCAUACUGCGAAGAUUUAUGGCAUUGAUUGGGCGCACGGCCGAAGUAAUGAGAUAUUGACUUGCUCCUUGGACAAGUCGAUAAAGCUCUGGGAUACGCAGGACGCACAACAGGAUGGCGACCUCGUUCCGAAGCUCACCAUUCGGACUGCUUAUCCUGUUUGGAGAGCUCGUGAUCUGCCCUUCGGUCGAGGCCUACUAAGCUUGCCGCAGAGAAGCGAGACCACUCUGGAGAUGUAUGCUUACGAAGAUCCGCAUAUGCCGAUGGACGUCUUCGAGGGACAUGCGGACGUGGUCAAGGAGUUCGUGUGGCGGAGAGGUGGACCAGAUUGCUCUGAUUUUCAGCUAAUCACUUGGUCCAAGGAUAAAACGCUGCGGUUUUGGCCCAUCGAUACAGACUCAAUGCAUGUGAGGAUCUUGGCCGCGCCCCGUCGCGAGACGAAGGUGUCGUUCAGCAAUCCGCCUGUCGGCAAUGACCUGCCUCCAAAGCUCUCUGCACCUGUCGGUCACCGAGGUAUUCUUGCUGAAGUGCGCGCACCGUUCCCUUACGACCAUCUCCGGGAAUUGACUGAACUGCCACAAGAAACCAAUGGCAGUAGUUCGUCGCCUGCACUGUCUAAACCUAUUCCCAUUGCACAAGAGCGAGGAACAAUGACUCGCGGUCAUCUCGCAGGUCGGUCUGCUCCUAUCAGCACUUUCGGUUGGCUGUCCAGUGUCGAAUUUGGGACGAAGAGAGAAGGGAGCUCAGGUCCUGGUAGCGGAGUAGAAAGCGGGAACGUCUCUCGUCUCAACUCGGUGUCAAGACCCCCUUCCAUUGUGGAUCGGUCAGUAUCGUUGGCCAUGUCGACUAAACAGCGCAAUGGCGAGCGGAGAGGCAGUCAGGAUGACCAUCGUGAUGGUGAACCAGCCCAUUCUUUGCACGAUGAAAUCACGACUGUCAUUAACAAACUGAGCACUUCGAAGGUGAAGCUCGAGAACGCGCAAGAUCUUACGAAGAAGCGAACAUGCACCUUCGGCUUGCAUGGUCCAUGGGGCGAAGGCACGUCAGUGUUCAUUAGGAUCACCUUCACUUUUCCCCGCGACUACCCUCAAGCUACCCAUCCGAUGGGAACUCCAAGGGUUGAUUUGGAUAGGAGUCCGCUCAUCGAUAUGCCGACUCGCGCAUUCAUUCUUCGGCGUCUUCGCGCUAUCCGGGAGAAGGAAAGACCAUGCUUGGAGAAAUGCCUGCGGUUCCUGCUUAUCGGGGAUGACGAGGAACAUGUAGGUCGUCGUAUUGGGAUGGACUCAGAGUCCUCCUCAGAUGAAGACAUGCCACCAUCGACUCGCCGUAACCGAGGCACUAGCUUCUCCUUGUUGAGAUCUGACAAGAAUCUCGCCGAACCUAGGACAUCUCAAGGGGUGUUCGGUCCUAAUGGUCAACUCAUUUGCUUCUUUCCCGCCCCACCAAGGAUCGUCAAGAACACAAUGCGUGAGAUCUUGGUGUCACCGUCUCUAGCGUCGCCAGCCUUGCUGUCCGACGCCGUACGGCGACUUACGCAUGCUGCUCAGGACCGGGAUGCGACAGUCACUGAAAGCAACUACCAGGCUGACGAUGCGGGGAAUAUUCUACGGAUAAUGACAAACUUGUCCACUUACUCGCAACAUAAAUCCCGGCGCGUCUCGGAACAGUCCAGGCCUAUGGAAGACAUCCCUGUUAAUUAUUCGCUAUUAGCCCAGAGACGCAGUUCCGUUCUCAUCAAGGACACGUCUACUCUGGUUGGGAUUGAUGCCACCAUGGCUUCGGAGUAUACGUUUGCCGCGAACAGCCCCACAGAGUGGUGCAAAGAAAAUGCUGACAUCGCGAAGGCAAGAGGUCGCAUCGACCAUGAACGAAUAUUGCGGAUACUGGAAGCCGACAUUCAAAUGUUAGCCAUGUUAUCUGCCCUCCUCCUACAAUCGACAGCUUUGUCAAGGGAUUCUCAUGGGCACAUUUUCGUAGCCAAUUCCAAUACACAAAAGACUCCGAACACGAGCACUCCUGAAGUCUCACUAUCUCCUAUAUGGCCACGCACAUCACCAUCCCCAACACCCGUCGCACCCCCUCUAUCAUCCCCUACUUCUUCACGAGGUUCUUGGUCGAGUUUGUUCCAUGCCGGCAGCAUGCGGCAGUUCAUGACAGGGACAUCAUCGAGACUCGUCCGUUCAUCAUACACCGCCGAUAACCAAGUCGUGGUCAGAAGCUCCCAACAUGUCUUCCGUUACGUCACAAUCACCUUCUCAUCUGCGGGACAUCCACGACGACCAACCUUUUCACAAGUGUUGUCGACUCCUAGAUUGGGUCCUGACCAAAAGCGGCUCAAUGUUCACAUCGCACCGGAGCCUCCGGAUCCAAUGUCUUCUUUACUGGGGAGUCUGCGAACGCAGCUUCAGUGCCAUGUCUUGGCAUAUGCUGAGAUGCUUCUAGUAUGGGGUCUACCUGAGAAGCGGACAGAGCUGCUCAAGUCCGUAGAAAGGGAGCUCCUCUCAACAGUAUUCGACUCCGCCGUUGCGGCGGAUUGUCUAGGCUGCGUGCGAAUAUGUGGGCAUGGUGUGCAACAGAGCGACAAUGACGCUAGCACAGAAUGUGUGACUUGUGGAGGCAAGACAUAUUUCCCUCGCUGCUCGGUCUGCCGUCUCCCAGCGAAAGGGCUUUCUCACAACUGUCUCCUCUGUGGGCAUGUAACGCAUAUCACUUGUCUAAGGACAAGAGCGAAGCACGAGGCGGCAUGCGCGACAGGUUGCGGGUGCUACUGCGUAUUCACGGCUCCCGAAGCCCCUAUGGCUAACGGCGUUCGCCAGCUGCCACCUCCCCAAGUGCUUAGAUUAUGA